AAACACUUUUUAAACACCCCUCGACAUGCGCGUACCAGUGACAACGAACGGCGUGUUCAGAUAUGACAUUACAAAAUGUAUAACGACUGUAUGCUUGUGCCUAGAAGCCUCAUACAUGGCAUGGAGUAACAAAGAAGCAAAGCUGAUCACUUACUCCACGAAAAAUGUAUAGCCUUCUAAUUGACUGAUGCAGUAGAACCAGGGAUAAUGGAUCUUCUAAGAAAGCCUUUUGAUAAAAAAUAUCAAAACUGGAUGAAAGCACAUCUUGCUGUAAAGAUUACAAAAGAAGGCAUUGAACCUUUCGUUUAUGAUGAAAUAGAACAAUUCCAGCAGAAGUGUUUGACUGAUAUUUGCAAGAAUAAUGGACUUCCUGUUGGAACCACGUGCUCAAGUUGCUGCACAGAAAAUGUUGUUGUUUGUCCUACAAAUAGAAUUUGUAAUGCAGGACGUGGGAGAUGCAACUUUCAUAGAAAUUCUGCAACACAAUAUCGCCCAUCUGGCUGCCCUAAUAAGAUAUGCCAUAAUUUCAAAAACGAAAUCCAGAGAGCUCAUCGGUUCUACGGUGCGGCCUAUAAAAACACUGAUGCUACACAGUGGUGCAGCAAUACUUGGGAAGUGGCUAAAUGUUUCAUGCCACCCGACGGAUACAAGAAUAGCACAAGUGCGACAGAGACAGAUUUCAAUGGAAUCAUCGCUGUACUCAUGAACUAUAGAGCAUUUCAGAGCAAAGUGCAUGCUGAUCUUAGCAAGCAAAAUAAUAUCUUUUACCAGUGCAGAGAGGUCAGCACACAGAUUACUCAUUGUCCUAGCAUGCAAGUCAGUGAUGCCGAUCUUCGACAUUACUUUGGUACUUUACGGAGCAUUCUGACUGACCCUGCAUAUUUGGCUUCAAAUAGAGAUGCACAGAUUGCUUUGAGGAGAUUAGUAGAGCUUGAGAAUGAAGAGCAAGUUAGUGACGACGAAACACGUUCGCCGCUUCAUUCAGAGAUAGAUGCAGAAGAAUCUGCAAAACAUCAGGAAGAAACAAGAUCACAGACAGAUUCAAGUAUGGAUGUUGAUAAGGCUCAGGAACAGAAAACAACUGUUGAAUAUCCAGAAGACAGAAGAAAAACAGAAACAAAACAUUCUGAAACAGGUUACAUCGAAAUUGGUAAACCGCGGCCUUAUUUCCCCGGUCUUUCAAGAACUAUGGCUGAAUGCAAAGCCGUUGUUGUUUAUUGUGAAGAUGGAGGGCUUAAAGUUGAAGUGGUUCAUGCCGUAGAAAAAUGUGAAAGAAAAUCGAAAAACCUUGAUCGUGUGACCAUGCAUUAUACAGGAUUCCUUGAAAAUGGUACACAGUUCGACAGCAGGUAA